AACGAACCUCCUUUCCCUCCUUAAAACACUGCAGAUUCCACACCUCUCUAAACCCUAAACCUAAUCAUGAAGACUGUCACUGGCAAAAUCGUUUCUUCAACUCCAGUGCCCAUCUACAAGGCCAGCUCUAUCCUCUCCAAUUUCGCUUCUACAGAGACUGGUGCCUCCCAGGCUGUCAGCGCAUACCUUCGACGCGCCACCGCCGCCUUCGAUGAGUUAUCUCGCCUGCAUCCCAAACCCGAUCGCAAAAAGCGUAAGAAACGCAGAAAGGACAAAUCAGAUGCCUCUGCUACUGUUACUGAUUAAAUACUUGCCGUGAAGGGCACUCGUUGGUGACCGGAGGAAAUUAUGCAUUGAAGGAACCGGUGAAAAAGUUAAUUCUUGUUUCAUCAAUUUCAGUUUUUAGGUUUUUCCUAGUUUCUUAGAUAAGAUUUUUCGGGCACUUGUUUGCAAUCUUUCAAGGAAAGAUGAUUAAUGGUAGAGAAAUUGCACCAUCAAAUUUGUGUAUUAGUUCUUAGUGGCUUGAGUUUAUUUGCAGUCUUGUUCUUGUCAGUUGUAUACUUCUAUGAGAUGCAGAUAUAUGAAUGGUACUCUUCUGCUUUGGUCA